CUGGUAUAGAUUUUUUAAAAUGUAAUCAAGCCCACCCUUUUUUAAUGAUUUCUGACUUUUGUGUCAUCUUCGGGAAAGCUUCUCUGCUCCAAAUACCGCAAUUCCUCUUGCUGCCACCAAUGGAUGCUCAGGUUAUGAGUUCCAGGGGGUAUCCACUGUGGAGCAGAGAAGGGAGCCACAUCCGAGGAGGCAUGAACACUGAAGGCCCAGAGGAGCCCCUGGUCGCCUCCCAGAGCAUGGAACCGGAAAUCGGUCACCUGUCUUCCUCUAACAAGGAGACCAUCAUGGUCACCCUCCAUGGGGCUACCAACCUGCCUGCCUGCAAGGAUGGCUCUGAGCCGUGGCCCUAUGUGGUGUUGAAAACCACAUCUGAGGAAAAGAACAACCAGAGCUCCAAGGCAGUCACAUCUGUGACCUCAGAGCCCACCAGAGCCCCUAUCUGGGGGGACACGGUGAACGUGGAGAUCCCAGCUGAGGAUGCAGGGCGAGAAGAUGUGAUUCUCCAGGUGGUAGACAACAAACAGAAAGAGGAGUUGUUGUCCUACAAAAUACCCGUCAAGUACCUGCGUGUCUUCCACCCCUACCACUUUGAGCUGGUGAAGCCCACCCAGUCUGGGAAAGCCGACGAAGCCACUGCCAAGACUCAGUUGUACGCAACAGUCGUUCGGAAGAACAGCUUCAUCCCCCGCUACGUCGGCUGCAACCACGCAGCUCUGGAGGGUGUGGAGCGGAGGCGUCAACAACGAAAAAAGCAGCCAGGCCUUUCCAAAAUAGCAAAAGGAGUUUGUGAAGACAAGCCCUUUGGCAGCAAUGAUGAGGAUGAAGAUGGUCCAGCCUCUGCUCCUUCCGUCUCUGCCCUGGAGGUGGGGGCAGGGGCUCAGCCAAAGCGCUGCUCCUCGUCUUUCAAACUGCCCCUAGGUGACAGAUUCAAAUUCAGCUAUGGCCUGAGCAUGAUCAGGGAGCCAGUGGAGGGGCCGAGGUUAGAACACAACCUCCCUUCCCAGGCCCCAACUCUCAUCGCCCCCUUUCUCCCCAAAGGGGCUGGUAUCUUUCUCCGGGGAUUCAACGAGCCCCUGGCCAACAACCCCAACCCCAUUGUGGUGAUUGCCCGGGUUGUUCCCAACUACAAGGAAUUCAAGGUCAGCCAGGCCAACAGGGACCUGACCUCCUUGGGGCUUCCCAUCACCCCACUCUCCUUCCCUAUCCCGUCUGUGAUGAACUUUGACGUGCCUCGGGUCAGCCAGAACGGAUGCCCUCAGCUGUCCAGGCCUGGAGGACCCCCAGAGCAGCCCCUGUGGAAUCAGUCUUUCCUCUUCCAAGGCCGAGAUGGAGCUACCAGCUUCUCAGAAGACACAGCCCUGGUGCUGGAGUACUACCCCUCAGCUUCAAUGAAAGGCAGCCAGCCGUGGACCCUCGCCCAGCCCCUGGGUAUCUCCGUGUUGCCGCUAAGGAGCUGUCUGUACCGGAAGAUGCUGACAGGGAAAGGCAUGGAUGGGCUUCGCGUGGAGCGGCUGCCCAUCGUGGAGAAUUUGGCUUCUCCAAAAGCUUCUCUCAAGGCACCCACCAGGGAAGUCACCCAGUCUAGGAUGCUCCCUUCUCCUCCCCAGGACACCAGCCUGAAAACUAUCAGUGGUGAGGCCCCCACAGUGGAUCUUUCCUUCCAGCUGUUUUCCUCCGAGAGACCAGAAAACUUCUUGACACCAAACAACAGCAAGGCUCUUCCUACCUUGGACCCCAAGAUCCUAGAUGAGAAGCUGGGAACCAUCCGAGAGUCCUGGUCCAAGGCCACAGUGAGCUCCACAAUGGACUUGAGCACGUCCACUCCACAGGAAGUAGAGGAGGAGCCUCUGGUGCCUGAGAUGUCCCGCGACACACGGGUCCCAUGGGGAACGCUGCUCCGGAAGAUCUUGAGAAAAGGCCCCAGAGAAGGCCACCAGUCCAUAGGGAAGCCCAAGGCACCCUCCUUCCAGGACCUGACCUCCUCCACUGACAGCCUCCUCAUCUUCCCCUGGCACUUCUGCACCUUUCUAGAACAUGUCCCAUUGGACGAAUAG